AUGGCGCAGAUGCUGGCAGCAACCAAGCUGGUCCUCGAGGCGAUCACCACAUCGCGGACCGAGCCCCGGCAGAACGGCAGGGGCCGUAGCCAUAGCCGCAGCUCAAACAAUCGCUCGGGUUCGCCAGCACCCAACGGCUACUGCUAUUACCACUACCGCUUCGGAAAAAAACUAGCGUCGCUGCCGUCCAUCCAGGCGUUUCACGGCAGCACUUCAACCAGUGAAAAUCGCCUGCACACGAAGGAUAGGAAUUCAGGCCUGACCUUCCUCGUCGACUCUGGCUCAGUCGUCUCGCUGCUGCCUCGCUCGGCGGUACGCUCAACCGAGCCCUUGGUCAAGCAGGAGCUCAGCCUCACCGCGGCGAACAUGUCGCCCAUCGCCACCUAUGGCCGCAUCGUGCUUGCGUUUAACCUGGGGCUGCGCAGGGAGUACGCGUGGCCCUUCGUCAUUGGCGACAUCACCAGCGCCAUCAUCGGUGCCGACUUUCUAGACCACGCCGACCUCCUUCCUGACCUGCAGAAUAUGCGCCUCGUCGACUCGAUGACUGGUCUCCACGCACAGGGAUAG